AUGAUCCCAAGAGCCUCCGGAAAGUUGGUAGCGGCCGCACCUGUCGAAGUCGGAGAAGCGGUCAGCCUACUUGUAGUAGCAUCAUCAGUCGUAGAGGUUGAAGUACGCGACUCGCUAUCAGAUGUAGACGAACGAGACGAUGAGCUCAGAGUGGUUGCUGGGCUCGAAAUGGUUGAGGCGCUCGAAGUGGUUGCGGAAGACGAAAUAGUGGAGUUUUGCGAGACGACUGUUGAAAGCGUGGAGCUGAGUGUGGGGCUAGGAAUGGAGCUAGGAAUGGAGCUGAGCAUGGAGCUGAGUACGGAGCUGAGCAUAGAGCUGGAGAUGGAGCUGGAAACGGGGGUGGGGAUUGUCAAAGAGCUGGCCGACGGAGUGAUAGUUGGGGCGCUGGGAAACGCAGGUGUACCAUCGGCACUCGUAGGGAAGACAAGACCAGAGCUACCGAAGUAG